CCCGUGGCACACUAGUAGCUCUUUAUAUACAUAAAAGCACGACUUCACAUGUUACAAAACCAACUUCGCGUAUAACAACAUCAUCACGUGAACUCACUCAAUAGGUUCAGUGUGUUCUGACAUGUUGUUCCCUCUCUGAAUGUAACUCUCCCAAAUAGAGAUUGGCCUAACCACCCAUCCAACCAUAUCAGGGCAGUUGGUUUCAUCCCACCUAAUUUCUCUUGUUUUCCUUUCUCUAUCUCAAGAUUUUGUGUUUUUGUUUUGAAUCUUUCAACAUUCUUCGAUGUAUGCUUUCAUCUUCUGGGCCCUUUCUCUCUUCACCGCCUUCAAUACUCUUGCUUCUUCAUCAUAUGAUGGACCUUUCUACGACUCCACUGCCUAUACAGAGUGUAAAGCAGAAGCAGAGAAGCCACUUUACAAUGGAGGAAUGCUCAAGGACGAAAGACCUUCCGUCUCAGGGAGAGACACUCUCACAGACGUUGGUGCUCGUUACACACCAGCUUACAUAUUGCAAAAUCUCACGCAGAACACCAUCUAUUGCUUCUCCAUUUGGGUGAAGAUAGAGGCUGGUGCUGCAUCAGCUCGUGUAAGAGCAAGGCUGAGAACAGACAACACCACUUUAAACUGCGUCGGUUCUGUAUCUGCAAAACAUGGUUGCUGGUCUUUCCUCAAAGGCGGCUUCCUUCUUAAUUCUCCUUCUAACCUAUCCAUCCUCUUCUUUGAGGCAUCAGACGACGAUGGUAAAGUGCAAUUACAAGUGGCGAGUGCUUCUCUUCAGCCCUUCACGCAAGAACAAUGGAGGAACAGCCAAGAUUACUUCAUUAAUACCGUGAGAAAACGAGCGGUGACGAUUCACGUGUCCGACGAAAAAGGAGGGAGCGUUGAAGGAGCGACGGUGACAGUAGAGCAGAUCACUAAAGACUUCCCCAUUGGAUCUGCCAUCUCCAAAACUAUCCUCGGAAACCUUCCUUACCAAGAGUGGUUCGUCAAGAGAUUCGACGCUACGGUGUUUGAAAACGAGCUGAAAUGGUACGCGACGGAGCCUGAUCAAGGCAAGCUCAACUACACAUUCGCUGAUCAGAUGAUGAGUUUCGUCAGAGCCAACAGGAUCAUCGCUCGCGGCCAUAACAUCUUUUGGGAAGAUCCCAAAUACACUCCCAACUGGGUUCGUAACCUAACCGGAGAAGAUCUCCGGUCGGCGGUUAACGGGCGUAUCAGGAGUCUAAUGACUCGGUACAGAGGAGAGUUCGUGCACUGGGACGUGAGCAACGAGAUGCUUCACUUCGACUUCUACGAGACCCGACUCGGCAAGAACGCGUCCUACGGGUUUUUCGCGGCGGCGCGUGAGAUUGAUCCGCUGGCGACUCUGUUCCUGAAUGAUUUCAACGUGGUGGAGACUUGUAGCGACGAGAGGUCGACGGUUGACGAAUACAUCGCGAGGGUGAGAGAGCUCCAACGGUACGACGGCGUACAGAUGGACGGAAUCGGGCUCGAGGGUCACUUCACGACGCCUAACGUGGCGUUGAUGAGAGCCAUUCUCGAUAAACUGGCUACGCUCCAGCUCCCGAUCUGGCUCACAGAGAUUGAUAUCAGCAACAGCCUCGACCACCGCACUCAGGCGAUUUAUUUGGAACAAGUGUUACGUGAAGGAUUCUCACACCCAUCGGUGAAUGGUAUAAUGCUAUGGACGGCACUGCAUCCAUACGGGUGUUACGAAAUGUGCCUUACGGACGAUAAGUUCAGGAACCUUCUAGCUGGAGACGUGGUCGAUCAAAAGCUUAUAGAAUGGAAGACCGGUGAGGUUAAGGCGACAACAGACGACCAUGGUACAUCAAGUUUCCACGGUUUUUUGGGAGAGUAUAGAGUUGGCAUCGUAUACCAAGGUAAAACGGUUAAUACGUCUUUCUCGUUAUCUCGAAGCCCUGAGACCAAACAUGUUAGGCUUCAAAUCUAACCUAACCUCUAUGUAUUAGAUUAUCUCUUAAGAUUUUACGGUGGGAAUCAUACUUUUUACAAAAAAAAGUAUAUAAAUGUGGUAAA